GAGGCCAAAAAACAGCAACUUUAGCAUUAGCGGGCGCUACAGCAGCUUCCUGCUAACCUAACAGUUAACUAAGAUAACGCUGAGAUAUGCUAAGAUAACGCUUCAGAUAGAUUUUAUAGCUGGAUAACAGGAUGUAUUUAGGGCUGCGAUUAUCUGAAUCGCGUCACUCGCCGUUGCAGCCUUACAAAUAGUGUUUUAGCCUGUAAUCUAAGACAAGGGGAGUUCCGUCAGUGAUCAUGUCUGGUGACCUAGUUGGUGUAUGGGAGGUGGCUCUGAGUGAUGGUGUCCACAGGAUUGAAUUUGAACAUGGCACAACCACAGGAAAACGGGUCAUCUCUGUCGAUGGAAAGGAGGUCCUCAGGAGAGACUGGAUGUUUAAACUUGUUGGUAAGGAGACCUUUCAUGUAGGAGGCUUAGAAACGAAGGCCACCAUCAACAUUGAAGCUGUGAGCGGCUUUGCCUAUGAGUACACUCUGGAGAUUAAUGGGAAAAGCCUGAAGAAGUACAUGGAGAACCGUUCCAAGGUGACAAGCACCUGGCUCCUCAACCUAGAUGGCAUAGACUGCAGAGUUGUCUUGGAGAAAGAUACCAUGGACAUUUGGUGCAAUGGACAGAAAAUGGAGACAGCUGGAGAAUUUGUGGAUGAUGGCACAGAGACACACUUUACUUUGGGUGACCACGACUGCUGCAUUAAGGCCGUGAGCAGCGGGAGGCGGAGAGAAGGACUCAUCCACACUCUCCUUGUUGAUGGGACUGAAAUGUCGGAGGCUACAGAGUGAGAAGCUGUGUUAGUGGAGUUGCCAUUAUAAACUGUUCUCAGGUCAGCCUUGUAGUUGGCCUUGUAGUACUUACAAUCAGGAUUAGGACUAUUAGGUCUGGUCCUAGUUUAGCAUACAAGGGCAACUUCUUGCCCAUCUUAUGUGUUUGAGAAAUACUAUGGAUGCGUUCCGAAACUC